AUGUUCGCACCCAAGAGCCUCGUGCUGCUCGUAUGCGCUGCCCUCUCAACCGCCGCCCGCCUGACAGUCUCGAUACCAUCAUCACAACUCCUCCCGAACCCUCAGACACUCCCAUCGUCAUCCCACGCGGUCCUACUAGGACCACCCGGAGUACGAUACGAUGCACUGAUGCGGCGCGAUGACACUUUCGUAUUCCCAGACGUGCCAGAUGCAAGCUACCUCCUCACAAUACAUUCCCGGGACUACUUCUUCCCACCACUCCGGGUCGAUGUCACGCAGAAGGAGGGCGAGAGUACACAGACGGUAGAAGCAUGGCAGACAUUCAGAGGGAAUGAGUGGAGUAACAAGGGGCCAUCUUAUGGCACGGGCAAGGAGGAUCUCACCGUGGCUGUAAGGCCGUUGGGACAGAAGGACUUUUAUCAGACACGAGGUGGAUUCAGUGUGAUGAGCUUCUUGAAGAGUCCUAUGAUCUUGAUGGGCUUGGUGUCUGUGGUCUUGAUCUUUGGCAUGCCAUACUUGAUGGAGAACAUGGACCCGGAAGCAAAGGCAGAGUUCGAGGAGAUGCAGAAAAAGUCACCGCUCAUGGGCUCACAAGGCGCAGCAAACCAGCUCCAGAACUUCGAUCUUGCUGGCUGGAUGGCUGGUAAGAAAGCUCCUGCCGCUGAUAGCAAUUCAGAUGGUGGUAGCGCGAGGAGGAGAUAG